UGGAGGGACAAAGCAUCCUUUUUGCUCUGGAUUGCACUGCUAAGAUGCAUGCAGCUCGUUUGUUUCAGCCAUGCUUUGAAAAAAAUAAUUUUCUUUUUUAAAUCUGGCAUUUGCUCAGUGACCAGCAAUGGCUUUGGUAAUGGAACCUAUAAGUAAGUGGACACCCAAGCAAGUAGUAGAGUGGAUGAAAGGGCUUGAUGAUUGCCUCCAGCAGUACAUUAAGAACUUUGAGAGGGAGAAAAUCAACGGAGAACAAUUAUUGCAUAUUACUCACCAGGAGCUAGAGGAACUUGGAGUAACUCGCAUUGGUCACCAGGAACUUAUCCUCGAAGCAGUUGAUUUGUUGUGUGCGUUGAAUUAUGGGCUAGAAACUGAGAACCUAAGAACUCUUUCUCAUAAGCUGAAUGCCUCAGCCAAAAAUCUGCAGAACUUCAUCACAGGUAGACGGAGAAGUGGCCAUUAUGAUGGAAGAGCCUCACGACGACUUCCAAAUGAUUUUCUUACCUCUGUGGUUGACCUUAUUGGUGCUGCCAAGAAUUUACUGGCCUGGCUAGACAGGUCUCCAUUUGUCAGUAUGACAGAAUACUCACUGUUGAAGAACAACAUUGUCCAGCUGUGCCUGGAAUUAACAACUAUUGUUCAACAGGACUGUACUGUGUAUGAAACAGAAAACAAAAUUCUUCAUGUGUGUAAAACAUUGUCUGGAAUCUGUGAUCACAUCAUUUCUCUCUCUUCGGAUUCCCUCGUGUCACAGUCUGCACAUCUCGAGGUUGUCCACUUAACAAAUAUCAUGCCUAGUGAAGGUUUGGGAAUGUACAUUAAGUCAACAUAUGAUGGACUGCAUGUCAUCACAGGAACAACAGAAAAUUCCCCUGCAGACCAGUGUAAGAAGAUCCAUGCUGGUGAUGAAGUAAUUCAAGUUAAUCAUCAAACAGUGGUUGGCUGGCAGUUGAAGAACUUAGUGAAUGCAUUACGAGAAGAUCCAAGUGGGGUGAUUUUAACAUUAAAGAAACGCCCACAGAAUACCCUCACAUCAGCCCCUGCACUUUUGAAAAAUGUAAGAUGGAAACCCCUUGCACUUCAGCCAUUAAUUCCGACCAGUCCAACAAGUACUACAAAUACUCCAACAAACACCAUUGGAAUGUCAUCAAAAAUGGACAGCUCUACUCUCCAUGAUGUCUUCAUCUUAUCUCCAGUUUAUGGACCAAGAGAUGACAUCGGAAUAGUAUCCUGUGAUGACAUCAACAAGUAUGGAAUGGGAAAGUCAGGUAUGAAAGGUUCGGAAUCUCCUAGCUAUUUCCUGGACCAUGACACUGGGAAAUAUUACACAUUAAUUGAAGGAGAGGGCCACCAUAUGGGUUCAGAGAAUGACAGAAGCAGAGCAACAGGGGUGAGAAGAAGAGACAAGACACCAACCCAUGUUGGUUCCUGUGUCGAAAGUGAGGUUUGUCUGCAGUUGUAUUUUGGUUUUUACGCACUUUUGAGCAUGGCUGAAGGCAACAGUCUCAUAUCUGAGAAUUAUAUGAAUGUUUUGAGAGAGAGACCCACUCAACACCCACUGAGUGCUUUUCUAGAGGAACGCAGCAACCCUUUAUUGAAUGGAGCUAUCAAUUUGACUACCGACUAUCCUGUGCCAGAUGCCAGCAUUAGAGAAGCCGUUUAUACUGAUUAUCAUUUGCUGGAGGAUGCAUUGUACAAGUAUAAACACUUGCAGUGGCAGAGGUAUCAUUUAGAGGCUUCUCUAAACCUUCAGAUUGUACCUAGAGGGCUGAGAGUCUUAACAAUGCCAGUAUAUGAAUCUACAUAUCCUGAACUAUUGAGACGCUGGCAAGUGCUGAAUUUGGAAUGUAGUGGUAAAUAUAUGCAGCUGUUGACUGAGUUUUUCAGACCUGAAGAGAGGCUGCCCAAUGUUAAAAUCAGGAAAAUUCAGAGAGAUAAACUAGAUUUUGAAAGGGGUGAUGUCUUUUCUUGGUCUAGAGAUAGUCCAUCACAGAAUGCAGUGUUUUCAAACCAAACAGGAAGUGGGAGGCAUUCAGAGCGCACACAUUACACUGAGCCUCAGAGAGCAGUUGCACAGAAGCAACCGGAGCUAUCCAAAACUUCUUUGACUCGGCCGAGUCUCCAUGGAGUUGAAGUUAACAGUAUGGAUGCUGCUAGUAACAGCUCUACAGUCAUCCCUAAGAGUAGUGCUCUUGUAAAACUGAAAGUUUUAAGUGGAGCACAUGAUGCUUCACCUCUACCAGUAUUCGCAGCUCAAGCAAUGACGUUGACUGAUUCAGCAGAUAGCUGGUACUAUCAGAAUGAGUUUGAGAAAACCUUGGGUAAAACAAUUACAGCACUAGCUGAAAUGGAUCAGCAUCAAGUCUUGCAUCCAUUCCUUCACCCAUCACUAGUAGUAACAACACCACCACCACUGACACCCACAACAUCUGGGUCCCAAGCUGCUACAGUCACCUCCAGACCUCCUGUAUCACCUCCAUUGGACACUGCAGCCACCUUUGCACCAAGUGGUGCUCCUUUUCUCUCUGUAAGCAGCAGUGCCAGUGGAGGUGACAGUGUUAUCAACUGCAACAGCUAG